UGCCUCCAACCAACUAUAACUUCCUAUUUUGGCCUCCACAGAUCCUUCUCCUUUCGUUUCUGGUUUCUGCAAUAAGACUAAUCCUUCACAAGUUGACAAAGCUCUCCAAAUACAUGCUCCGAAAUUUCUGAAGCACUAUUCUAGGAAGCAUACAUGUUUUAAUAAUUUAUGGAAUGCCUUGCCAAAGUCUGAGUUGACUUGAGAAUGUGACAUAAAGUUACCAUUUUCAGCCCCCUCUUGGAAGCAUAAUGCAAAGCCUUCUAUCUCUGCAAACAAUCUUGACCUUUUGGAGGUUUGCAGCUCCAAAAUCCAGAUUUCUAAUUGUCUUUCCAGGUUCUUCUUGUUGUGCCGACAUUGACAAACCAACCUCCAAGACCUUGGAGUCUCCAUUUAGUGUCAGUAGCAAGAAGUCCCUGGGGUUUCCAAAUGGUUUUGAUUUCAAGAAUAAUGAAGAAGUUGUAGGGGCUGAUCUUUCUUCUCUAUUUGGUGAAGCCAGUGUUGUUCCCAUCAAAGUUCCCUCGGAAUUGCCCAAGGAUCUGUUGCCCUUAAUCAAUGAUUGUGGCAUCAUUUCGGUUUAAUGAAAAUUUGAUAAUCUUCCUCCUUCUCAUCCAGGCUAAUGAAGAUAAUUUCUUGACAGUUGAAAAUUGCAAAUUAGUUUUCUUUCGAGAUUUGAUUUCAGCCACCUUUUGAUCCAAUAAUUGGGUACUUUGUAAGGUUUGAAGGCUGCAGAUAAAGUGUUGGGAUUCAAAUAUCUUGAACUCUUAUUCAAAACUAGUUCUCUCAUAUUCAAGAAAGAGAAAAAAAUUCUAAUUGAUGCAGAUAGCUUAAAAGUUUUAGAUUUUUGGAUCUUUUGUAUUCGUCAUUAUGAUUUUUAGUGGAGGGCAAAGAUCUUUGGAAAAAUUUAUUUGGAUUGGAUAGUUUUGAAGCAACCGAUUGCCUCUUCUUGGUUUUCUCUUCUCCUUUCAAAUUGAAGCAUGUGGUAUUCAAAAUUUCUGUCUGAAGUGGGCGCUCUUCAUUGAAGUGUUUAUAUUUUCUUUGUAUUAA